GGAAACUGUCUUUUUGAAUUACCACCUUUUUUUUUUUCCAAGAAGCUCAAAGUAGUAUGAACUUUGAUAGUUUAUUAAGGAAAAAAAAAAGUCCCCAACAUGAAAAAAAAAAGUCCCCAACAUGGAGCACUUGUAACCUUUUAAUGUGAAAUUGUCUACCCUUUGCUAGAUGAUUUUGAUAUUUUUUGUUAAGAGAUCACAGUGAUCAGGAAAUUUGCACAAGACGAACUUGUAGUAUAGAGCAAGAUUUCAGCAAGUUGUGUGAAUGCAAGCACCAGUUAAUUUCCUGAUUCACAACUGUGCGUGUACAAAUGCUGCAAUUAUAUGUCAAUCAACUGUGAAUAAUCUUUGGUGAGGUAGCAUAUUUCCCUGCUGUAAUUGCUAAGACUUUUCUUUUUUGAGAUAUUUUAAGGAUUUACAAUCAGACAUGUAAAUAAAUCUGAUGUUGCUUGUUUGUUAGUCAGUGGAAACUAUGCAAUAUUCAAUAUUUUACAGAACUUGCUCCCUCGGUUUCUUAAAUGGGAAUUUAGAAGCUUAGUUAAAUGGUCCUGUUUUUUUGCUUUUUGCAUUUUCUGAACCAUUGGAGUAUUAACAGAAUUCACCAGGAUAUGUGUCUGAGGCAAAGCUGUGGGUUUAGUCUACCAAUAUUUCUUAAGAUCCAAAUAUGAGUUGGUGUUCUAAUCCUUUUUAAUCCUGACUUGGACAUUUAACAUGAGUAGAAGAUGCAUAGAAAGCGAUUUAAUUUUAAACCUGUCCAUUCUAUUAAGACUUGACCAGGAGCACCGUCUCACACUACAGCAUUUUAGAUUUUGUAGAUUUUAUUUCAGUUUCAGCAUUUGGAUUUAGGAAAUCGAAACAUUUUAAAAAAUACUUCAAAGGAGAAAGUUUUAAUUAAAAAAUAGUUUCUAGGUUUUUUCCAAAGCAGAUGCAGAAUUUUAUUUAUUUUGGCAUAAGAACCACAUUUUUAAAGAAAGCAAAUUACAUUUCUCAACUAAGAAUUGCUUUUUUGACAGAGAAACUGCUUAAAAAAAUAUUACGGCAUUUAGAAGUGUGAGAUAGGAAGUGACAGGAGAGAGUGUGUGCUGGAAUACAUCCAUUGGUGGUUUCUUUUUCCAGCUAUUGAGGAUCUGAUGCGGAAGAAUAACUUAAAUAUUUUGGCGAGGAUAUUUCUAACGCCAUCCUCAGUUCUCUAGCUUGACAGCUUAGUACAUGCAUGAUUUAUAGAAGGAUUGUUUUAAAGAGAGUGCUCAGUCUAACACUCCAACAGUGAAGCAAUUGUCACUCUUCAAUACGAGGUUACAAAGCAGCAGCAGUGGUUUUUGUUAAUAUACAAGUAACAGUGUUUAAUAAAUAUAGCAGCUGGACAGGGCUGAGGAAUAUCAUAACAAAGCUGUAGGAAAGAAUUACAUUAGCCUAUAAAUACUGGUCUGCAGCAGCUAUGUUCAUUUCUCCGUGACUUGCACAGUAAGCUUUGUCCUUGUGCUUCAGAGUGUCUCAAAUGUGAUUGUACGCUGGCAGAAGAGGCCCGUAGCCUUUUGUAACCUGACUGCGUGAUACUGAAAAUACACAGUCCGCUCCCCAGACUAGAGGUGUAUCAAUUGCUUUGUAAAAUACAUUUUUUUUCCCAUUUUCUAGAGUCCCUCUUACGGUUGAGCUGAAUAGCUUUCUACAUUUUUUUGUUUCUUCUGUUUUAAUGCUUUGCAGUACACUACAUGAAUUUCUCAGUACCGUGACAAACUUCCCACUUUGCAAUUUCAGUCUUACAGUGACACUGAUGAGUGCUUCCAAAGCUGACAUACUGAUUGCUCUUCAAAUGUUGUGUGCAAUUUUUCAAUGAUGUAAAACAGACGGUCAUGUUUAAAAAAUGUCUCGGACCUGUUUGUGAUGGGAGGAGCUCUUGUUCUAGAAUCGGCAGCUCUUUUGCACUGGCUAGAGAGAGAAGGCUAUGGACCGCUAGGGAUGACUGGAAUAUCCAUGGGAGGACAUAUGGCUUCACUGGCAGUGACAAACUGGCCUAAACCAUUGCCAUUGAUUCCGUGUCUUUCCUGGUCAACAGCUUCUGCAGUCUUUACUACGGGUGUGUUGAGCAAGGCAGUGAACUGGAGGGAGCUGGAGAAACAGUAUUUUACACAAACUGUUUAUGAAGAAGAAAUCAUAAAAAUGCUUGAAUACUGUGGAACGGAUUCUUUCAAGAUGGGGCAAGACUUUGUUAAAAACUUCCCUGACAGUGUGGACAGUCUGGAGGAUGUGGAUGUGACUUCCAGAAUGUUUGACCUUGAUUCUUCAAACCAGACUGUAUCUAAAGAAGCUGUUCACAGCUUUGCCACAAAUAAAAGUACUCUAAGUGCCUCAUCAGAAAGACUCUUAAUGCAAGAUGCUCCUAAAAUGCAGUGCAUAAAUCAAACAUUUUCAACUAGUAGCAAUAGCAAUAAAAACUUAACCAGCCCACAAGGACACAGGAUAAAUAAAAGAAGAAAGAGUGACACUUUACAGAGAGAAUCCUUAAGGUUCAUGAAAGGAGUGAUGGAUGAAUGUACACAUGUAGCCAACUUCUCAGUUCCAGUUGACCCAAGUUUGAUCAUAGUUGUACAAGCUAAGGAGGAUGCAUAUAUUCCUCGGACUGGGGUGCGCAGUCUUCAAGAAAUCUGGCCUGGGUGUGAAAUUAGGUAUCUGGAUGGAGGUCAUGUCAGUGCCUACCUCUUCAAACAAGGGCUCUUCAGGCAAGCGAUUUAUGAUGCAUUUGACCGCUUCCUUCAGAAAUACACAGUUUAAAGAUCUUCUUAAUGUGUUCAAACCGAUCUCAUUUGUACUUCCACUUACUAGAACUCAUAUUUGGAAAACAAGCCUCUUGCAACGUUGAGUUUGACUCGCUGAGUUUGACUGUUGUAGGUAACAAUUAUCAAGAAUGGUAAAAUACCAGCAUUACUUUCAUUUUAACCAAAUGCCAUUCUGACACACUUGCUUCAGUGAAAAAAGCUGUGAAAAAACAAUGGCUGGCAACAUUUGUUAGUGCAUGAAUGGUUCACGUACUUCAUGUUUAAUCACAUUGUGUAUUCCUUCAAUUCUGAAUAAAUCCUUAAUUGUGUAUCAGUUGAAAACAGACCAAUUAAGUAUUGAAAGAAUGUAAAAUUUGCUGUAGGGCUAAGAUGCUUUCCUGCAUUUAGUGUGUUUCUAGUUUGUUCCAGGUACCUGGGUUUCCUCUUGCUUCCUCAUCCCUUGCUAUUCCUAUUGUGCUGCACUGUGGCUUUGCCAGCACUCGGCCUCUUGUGUUUCUCACUGAUUUUUCUCUAUUAUUAAUUGAAAAUUAGCUAUACUAGAAGGGGCAGCAUCAAAUCUUGCAAAAAGAGGCUUUCAAAAUUCAGUGAAGAGUCAAAGACAUUUUCAUUCAACACAUCUGCGAGAUUUUUCUGCCACUGAAUUAAACCAUGCCAGUUCAGAAGAAUCAGGUAGCAAUUAAUUGAUCCGUUUCACAAAACUGGAAUAAGUGAAAAUGGAUUGUCUAGUAAUUAAUUGUUUACAUGCAUUCAGUUGGAUAACAAACUUUUUCUUCUAGAUUUUUUUUUAGAAUGCUAGGGGAAAUAAAAAUGUAAUUUUCUUUAGAAGCAGUGGCACAAAGAGUCUGAUUGUAAGCAGUUAAAUCGGCAGCAGAUGAUAUGGUGCUAUAAGGACCUGUUUGGAGUAUUUCAACAGAGGUCCUUUUUGAAGUGCACUCAGUGCUGAUAUGCAAAAUACAGUUUCACUGUAUAAUAAUAAUAAUAAUAAUAAUGUAUGUGAGACUAAGGGUUAUUAGAACAGUAAGGUUAGCUCCUUAUUUCUCCACACUGUUUUUUUAACUAGGUGGGAAAUAACAAAAAAUUGGGAUUAUGGGUACACUUAAGAAAAUCCAAAGUCUGUUGUUUCCUCUUUUGGGAUCAAAAAAGCCAACAAAUUGCAGUAGAAUAAAAGGUUGUCAUGCCUCAGCUCUAUGUGGUAUCUGUCCACAUCUUAUUUUAUGGUAAUCUCCUGUAAUGUUCUCUUAAAGCUGGUUUGCAGAGAAGCUGAAGUACAGUAAUGACCAGAGUUACACAGAAAAAAAAAAUAGAAAAAUCCAGACAUUUCUCAGGAUGUGUGACUCCUGCACCCUUCAUGUCAGGCAUUUCAUUGAUCUCCAUGAUUAUCGUAAUGGUUUUUAAUAGGCAGAGUAUGAAACAAACAAAAGUCAGUUUAUAUAACUAUGUUAUCUUGAAUUUUAGUCUGGCAGAUAGGACUAGUAACUGGGAAGAAAUCGUGGUUAAAAAUCAGGUAAGUUCAGUUAAAACCAAAGUGCAACAACUUGUAGUAACCCAAAUGAUUCAACGUACAACUUUGCGGAAAGUGCAAAGUAAGAUGCAUUCUGCUGGAAGUUAAAUUGCUUCCUUUGAGUGGUUUUCCAGCAUUUCUUUAGACAGUGUUGGUUUUAUAUAUAUUGGGAGCAAGUGUGGAGUGACUAGCUUAUUGAAAUAGAUUAGAACACUGAAUAAAAGUUUGAAAUCAAGUAUAACUAAGCUUACAAAUUUAAAAUUGAAAGCUUGGAUACUAUACUGAAGGAUUUAUGGGACUUGUAUUUUACAAGCUCAUUCAUCAACUAAGAAUGUUUUACAAGACUAUUGUUUGCUAUCCACCAACGUUUUUAAGAUCUCGCAUUUUAAAUGUAUUUGUGUGCUUUACGUCCUGUUUCUGUUGCAGCUAUGAGAAAGGGAGGUAACUGGUGGUGAGGGAAAGGGCAUGAAUAAAUGGAAGAGAGAAAAGAUAUUUUGUAAGGCUGAGAGUAAGCACAAAAAAAAUCAACUUCUCUAAGCUACAAAGUAUAACAUGCCAAAGUAAAUAUUUUCAAAGCGCACAAUACUAGGAAUUACACAACUGAUGGGAACUUGACAUCCUGAGGUCAGUGUUCUGAUGAUAUUACUAACAAGGUUUAACUUGCCAAAAGGGCAUACUAGUCACAGAAGCAGAUUUAUGCUAACGUAACUCCCGUUUGCGAGUGUGUCUUUUGGGAUAGGUAGUGAAAGACUGGUCUCUGAAAAAAAGGAGAAAUCACACUUUGCUACGUAACUAAAGUAAUGUUGCCAAAUAGGAAAGCCUGGUAAGAAGCAUUUAAGAAAUUUAUCAGGUUAGAAUAAUAAAAAGGAAAAUUGAGCUCUGUGGUCUAUUUCUGCCAGUUAUCAGACACAGGAAGCUAUUAGCUGGUCUGUGAAGGGGGGAAUUCUGCUGUGUAAAUGUUUUUAACCUUUGAAAAUGGACUUUUUAAACCGGAUUUUAAGGUUAAAUCCUAUGAAAGCAUUAUUAAUAAUCUGUUUUGGUGUUAAAUGGGAAUGUGAUUUUAAUCCAGUAACUGCUUAAGAAAAAUACUGGAAUAAGGUUCCUGCACUAAAUCUGCGUAGCAGAUAAGCCAUUCAGUAUGUCUUAAAUUUAUUGUAAAACUGGCCUUGAUAAUUUUCUGGUUUUAAUAUUUUUCAAUAAAAAUCCUAAAAAAAUAGGUGUGAGGGUUUUUUCUUUCUUGCUAAGAGGAAAUUCAAAGUGCAUCUCACUCAUCCUGUAACCUUGUUAUGCCUACUAGUACUGUAGCACAAGAAGAGUAGUUAAUCUACAGCACAAGAUAAAAGCUUCACAUAACAAAAGUGAUACUGCUUUCAUGUUUUUCUACAUGCGGCACCUAGUAAAGAAAAUAAACUUGUAUCAUCUCAUUAAGAUACUAUUGUGGUUCCAGUGUUGUACUUUUCAGUGGCUUCAUUGUGCUAGAAUUUCCUGAACUCAUUUAAAAUCCCUUUUGCUUUUAAAAGGGUCCAAAUCCUGUACAACUUCUUCCUGCUUGCUGCUGUGUUCCAAGCAAGGGUGUGUUGUGCCAUAAUAAACUUAGAGCAUAUUGUAGGACACCUCUAAGAGGAACUGGAAAAAAUCACCCUUGCUGUUAAUGGUUGCAAGGUGGGAAGGUGGUAGGAGUUUUGGAUUGCUGCUGUCAGGAGGAGGCUGUUUCUUCGUCUGCAGCAGUUUGUUACAUGAAUGGGAAUGUCACAUGCUAGUUGAAAAGCCGCUUAGAACAGAUAGCUGUAAAUGUUACUAGCAGGUGCAUCUUUGAGUCUUGAUGUUUAUAUGCAAAAAAAAAAAAAAAAAAAGUCCUGGAAAAUUGUUGCGGCUUACUCUGUGGAAUUGGAGCAGUUAUUCUGGUGGAAGCCUGCUGGUUGUACCCAGCAACCAAGAUGCAAUAAAUUUUAUUUUGGUGCUCAGUUACACUGUCUGAACAGGUCGUGGCAACACACUUCUGCAUACUAAUGCUGACAAAACAGGAGGAGGACAGACAGAGCGGGUAGUCCUUUUUGCCUACAUUUGAAAGGAAAGGCUCAGGACGGAGUGAAAGGUUAGGUCUGGUGUUUUACCCGUGAGUAACCCAGGUAAUUUUUUUUUAGUGUUUGUUUACAUAUAUUUCUCCUGGCAUCGAAGUGCUGGUCACAGUCUAGAACAGAACGCAUCUAAUCUGUUGAAAGGAGCUUUUUGUAAUCUUUCCCCUCUCUGAGUUAGAAAAACACACACCCCUCAAAAGUGACAGCUCAGCAAUUUUUUUUUUUUUUUUUUCCCCCAAGGAUCGAUCACUUGUGUCGUAUUACACUAGAAAGUCUGCAAAAAGGUAUCAUGAUAUGAAGGAACGGAGCCUUGUUGCUUUUUCUUACUGGAAUGUCAUAUGCAUGUAUACAGAUACUCUGUAAAUAGUAGAUGAGAAAGUGAAAAUAGUUGGAGCCUUGGAAUGCUUUUUUUUUAUUUUUGUUUGGUAGCUGCUAACAUUUUGAGGCAGUUAGUUUUGGGGUUUUUUUUAUUUAUCCUAAUUGCUCCUGCCAUGUCACUUUUUUAAAAAUGUUGUUCUUAAUUACAGUUGGUUGGGCAGGGAAGCUUCUUUAUCUUAAACUGUCAGGUUCUCUGUCGGCUUGGCUGUAAUGAUAAGUUACACAGUAUUGAAAGGAGGUUUGUAUAGUCUGUAGGCAUGUAAUUUGCCAUGAAAAACUAUUACGUGAGUAAAAUGCUACUGUAUUUCACAAUCCUGCAAUUUGCAGUGUUGCCUGGAACACUUGGAUGCUUCCACACAAGAAAAAACAUAAGCGUUAGAAUGUAAAGUAGCUCGUAACGAUUGUUGUUCUCUUGGUUUCAUGUAGUGUAUAUCAACCUCUUUUUCAAAUACCGGUAUUUUUAAAUACUGUGCUCUUAAAGGGAAAACUAAAGUGAGCUUCACCAAGGAAGUCUGACUUGUCCUGCUUCUGAAAGUAACGAGAGGGAUGAAACAAAGUGGACAAAGAGUUAAAGAUGAGUCUUGCACAACUAUAAAACCUUUUUCUAUACUCUUCAGGCCCCGUCCCUCCAAUAACGUAGAGGGUUCCUGCACUGCAGUACUGCAGCGUUUCUGAAGUCCCAGCCGGCCUAUGCAUCUGCUCCCUUAUCUUCUAACCCUUGAGCAAAGAAAAGAGGAACCAGGAGGUUAAUCCCCUUCUUACCAGCGACUUAGGUAGGGCCUUUGUCCUUUCGUAUCACUCCAACCUCUGCUUAACUUCUGAGUUUGGGAAACCAAAUAAAAGAUUUGAGAAUCGUUUUGAACA